CUCUCUCUCCCUCUCUCUCCCUCGCCCCUCGCCCCGUUCGAGCCUGAUUCCCCCCUCCUCCCUAUCAAGGCAUCUGCCGGGCGAUCCUCCCCCCUCCCCGCUCCCCUGCACUCUGAUUGCGCACCUGUCUGCCUGCGAUCCCUGAUUAUACCCACCACGCGCUUCGGCUCUCGGCAAACUCCCCUCUUCUCCCUCCCUCUCUCCCCUCCUCCCCUCCGCCAUGUCGCUCCUGAUGUCCGCCCUGGGCUCCGCGGGCCGUCGGGCUGGUUCCCUGCGUUCGGCCACCAUGGCAGCCCGCUCGGGUGGCCUCUUCGCCGCCAGCCGGCUGGCCUUCAACACUCAGCCUCCCUCUUCCACCGCCGGGCCGUCGGUUGUCCGGCGCAAUCUCACCGAGGAGGCGCUCAAGCUCAAUCUCUAUGACGUCCUCGGCGUUUCGAAGAAUGCCACCGAUGCCGAGAUCAAGUCCGCUUCAUCCCGGAUCGUCCGCGAGGCGCACCCGGAUCGCAACCAGGGUGACCACUCGAACCAGGAAAAGCUGCAGCAAGCCCUGCUGGCCAAGAAGAUUUUGCUCGAUAAGGAGAAGCGCGCCCAGUAUGACACACUGCUUGAGGCUGGCCGGGUCGGGCCCAACGCCGGUGGCAUGGACGGCUUCGGGUUCGACUUCAACUGGGCCGGCGGCCAUGGCGGCCACGGCAGUGGGGACAUCUUUUCCGACAUCCUGGAGAACAUGAUGCGCCAGGGAAUGGGCGGCGGCCCGGGCGGCAUGUUCCGCCGACGCGGCGAGGAUGUCGUGGCCAAUGUCAGCCUGACUCUGGUGGAGGCCAUCACCGGGUGCGAGAAGGAGGUGGAGUUCCGCGCGGCGGUCACCUGCCCCUCGUGCUCCGGAGCCGGCACCAGCAAGAACACCCGGCCGCGGGUGUGCUCCCAGUGCCGGGGGAGCAAAUUCGUCCGGCAGAAUUUCCUCAAUGCCUCCUACGUGCAAAUGUGCCCCUCGUGCAAUGGCACCGGGCAGGAGGAGUUCCUGUGCCACCCUUGCGAGGGCGAGGGCGUGGUGCUGGACCACAAGCGCGUGACCAUCAAGGUGCCUCCCGGCAUGGCCGACGGCAAUGCCAUGGAGAUUGGCGGCAGCGGCGGGGCCGGCUCCCGCAAGGGCCCGCCCGGGGACCUGACCGUGGUCUUCCAGGUGGCCACCCGUGACAAUACCCGCGGCUGGGAGCGCAAGGAGCACGACAUCGUGGCCCGGGUGGACAUUUCGCUGGCCGACGCGCUGCUCGGCAUCCAGGGGCUCCCGGUCAACACCAUCGACGGCACGAAGCUGGUCGAUGUGCCGGCCGGGUCCAAUACCGGGGCCGAGAUCCGCCUCCCGCGGCUGGGUGUGCCCUAUGUGUCGGAUCACAGCUCCCGGCGUCCGCGCCGCGGUGACCAUGUUGUGUCGAUCAAUGUCCGCAUGCCCGGGGCCCUGGGCGAGCGGCCGCUGACCGAAGCCCAGACGGUGCUCCUGCGCACCUUCGCCGACAGCAUGCGCCCGGGGCCGGAGGCGGCUGCCGAGGCGGCUGCCGCGGCGCGGGCCAUCAUCGCCCGUCGGGAGGGCGCGGCCAGGGCGGGCGCGGCCAAGGAGGCUGCCACCGCGGCGGCGGCCGCUGCCGCCACUGCCACCACCACGGCCCCGGUCGACUCCUCCAGCCCCGAGGCCACGGCCUCCGGUGAGGGUGGCACCCCGGCCGCUGGCUCUGACGAUGGUGGUGCCGCUGCGGCGGCUGCCCCCUCGGCGGGCGCUGACUCGACCGAGGCGUCGGCCCCGAGCGACUCUCUCCUCUCCAAGCUUCGCACGGCCGCCAUGGCGUCGCCGGAGAAGUACACCCGGGUGCUGGCACACCUGGAGCUGCUCGACGCCCAGGAGGCUUCUGGCGUGCAGGAGGGCGAUCCAUCGCCGGAUGACAUCUUCACCGACAUCAUCAACGAGCUGGUGAUUGUGCUCUUGCGUCAGUCGGCCGACGACCCGGCGGUCUCUCGGCCCGAGGCGGAUCUCUACCGGGCGUUGUUGCGGACCAUGGAGUCGCGCAUGGCCCCGGAGGAGGUGGCCACCCCGGAGGAGGCGGUCGACCGGCUGACUGAGGCCCAGUUCAUGGCCAAGCUCCGGCGACUGGCCUCGGCCGACGAGAGCGACGGUCUGGAGGACGAUUUUGUCUACGACCCGUCCAUCAUGCACGCCUUCACCGGUGGUCCGGCGUCGGCCUUUGCCGGUGGCGCCUCUUCCUCCUUCUCCUCUUCCUCGGGCUUUUCCUCAUCUUCCUCCUCGUCGGGCUCCGAUUCCGACUCGCCCGGCCUGGGUGACACCACCAAGCCCCCGCCGGCGGCAUCCGCCACCGGCAAGUCUCGUCUGAUGCCGGGGGAGAUCGACACGGCGAACCUCUUCUCCAACACGCGGUCACCCGUUGACGGGGGCCAGACGAAGCUCUACUCCCAUCGGCCGAUCACCGCCAAGCAUGGGGCCGAUGGUGGUGCAGCCUCGGCCGACAAGAAGAAGAAGAAGAAGCACCAUCCCCUGAAGAAGAAGAAGAAGUAGAGCCGUGCGUGCAUCGCGCAUCGCGCAUCGCGCAUCGCGCAUGUGCGUGGUGCUGUGUGCGCACCGCACCGCCUCCGGCAGAGGGGGGAGAGAGGGGGGCGGGGCUCUCCCAUGAGUCCCCCCCCCCUUCUUGCGUUUUUGUCUUCCCACUUUCCCCCUUGCUCCUCGUUUCCCCCUUGCUCCCCCCUCUGCUCUAUUCUCCUCCGGGGACCGCCCUUAUCCUCCUUGCCCUUUGAAUGUCCCCACUCCUCCUUUCUGUUGCUGCGACGGUGUCCGGUGUGAGUGUGCGUGUGUGCAUGUGUG